AUGAAAAAACUAUACAUUCAGAGCCUAAUUUUUCUGUGUAUAGCCAAGAUUAGACACACAGAGAGCACAGUUGAUAAAGAUGCCUUCAAGAGCACAGCACAGCUAAUAGCUAGCCAGGGGUACCCUGUCGAAGAGUAUGAUAUCAUGACGGAAGACUGGUACAUCAUCACGGUGCAGAGAAUACCGGCUGGACGAGGAGCCACUGCAGGUGGAAUUAGAAAACGAAAGCCAGUCGUGUUUUUGAUGAGCGGAUUGGAGGGCUGCAGUGCAGACUAUGUUGUGAACCUGCCGCACCAGAGUCUCGGUUUCAUCCUAGCUGACAACAGUUUCGACGUGUGGAUUGGAAACGUAAGAGGAACCAAGUAUUCCCGUCAUCUCUUCCUAGAAAGGAAACAAAGAAAGUUCUGGAACUUCUGCCUCGACGAAAUGAUACGGUACGAUCUACCGGCGCAAAUAGACAGUAUACUGUACCAUACCGGAGAAGCUGCCCUGCAGUUUGUUGGGUGGUCACAGGGAGGUGGGAUCAUGUUCGGUUUUCUUGCCGACAGGCCCGAAUACAACAAAAAGAAAAUUGUGGACUUGCUCUUCGGAGGAACAUUGACGGGAAGGAACGAGCAGCUUCUCAACAAAGUGAAACUAUUGUCCUGCAGAAGCGUUCGACCACGCGGACUCUGCAAUGCGAGCUUCAUCCUUAUGAACGGAGGAUAUCCCAUCGACAUGAACACGACGAGGCUACCGGUGUACUUGGCGAACGACCCUGCAGGAACGUCCGUGCGCAACGUGCUUCACUUGGCUCAGGUGACUGCCGACGAAAAAUGGUCUCUUGAAUAG